CAAGAAGCUCGACUGCACUCGCCGCUCAACUCGAUUCGAACAAAAAUAAAUAAAUAAAUCCCUACAAUGAGCGAUAUAAUUAGUAAAGUGUGUUGUUCUAUGUGAGUCGAUUUCGUAUUUGUGGCGGAAGAGUUCGAAAUCCACUUAUAACGGGUCGAGCUGAACGGGACGAGCACCUCCCUCCCUCCCUCUCUCGAGGCAGAUCUACGGCUCCAUGUCCGGCACCGCCGCGACCACGACCACCUCCGUGUCCUCCGAUUGAACGGCCCAAGCUGCUCCGCAAUUCCUCUGCAGAUCAAUCAAUGCAUGACAUGAAUUAUUAGCCCUUUUCCUUUGAAACUUCCGGCGUUGCUCUCUGCGGACGCUGAUGGAGUUCACUGAAGCCUACAAGCAAACAGGUCCCUGCUGUUUCUCUCCCAACGCUCGGUACAUUGCCGUCGCCGUAGAUUACCGCCUCGUGAUCCGCGACUCCUUGUCCUUCAAGGUCGUGCAGUUGUUUUCGUGCUUGGAUAAGAUAAGCUACAUAGAAUGGGCUCUUGACUCUGAGUAUAUCCUUUGUGGUCUUUAUAAAAGACCAAUGAUUCAGGCAUGGUCGUUGACACAACCUGAAUGGACAUGCAAAAUAGAUGAAGGUCCCGCUGGCAUUGCUUAUGCUCGGUGGAGCCCUGACAGUCGCCACAUACUAACCAUAUCGGACUUCCAAUUAAGAUUGACAGUCUGGUCUCUGGUAAACACUGCAUGUGUACAUGUUCAAUGGCCAAAGCACGCAACCAGGGGAAUAUCCUUCACUCGAGAUGGGAAGUUCGCUGCAAUAUGCACGAGACAUGAUUGCAAGGACUACAUCAAUCUUCUUUCUUGUCAUAACUGGGAGAUAAUGGGUAGUUUUGCUGUUGAUACGCUGGAUUUGGCUGAUAUUGAGUGGUCACCAGAUGACAGUGCUAUUGUCAUCUGGGAUUCACCUCUUGAAUAUAAGGUACUAACUUACUCUCCUGAUGGGAGGUGUCUAUUUAAGUAUCAAGCCUAUGAGAGCGGCUUGGGAGUUAAAAGUGUUGCAUGGUCACCUUGUGGACAGUUUCUAGCAGUAGGCAGUUAUGACCAGAUGCUUCGAGUUCUUAAUCACCUAACCUGGAAAACAUUCGCCGAAUUUGUGCACUUAUCUAAUGUUCGCGCUCCUUGUUGUGCUGCUGUUUUUAAGGAAGUAGAUGAGCCCUUACAAAUUGAUAUGUCGGAACUCUGUUUGACUGAUGAUUUUAUUCAACAAAAUUCUGAAGAUGCUUCAGAAGGACAUUUCAGGGUUCGGUAUGAGGUUACAGAAGCCCCAAUUACUUUGCCUUUCCAGAAACCUCCUGCAGACAAGCCAAAUCCAAAACAGGGGAUUGGCCUAUUAUCAUGGAGCAAUGAUAGCCAAUAUAUAUGCACCCGGAACGACAGCAUGCCGACUGCCCUCUGGAUUUGGGACAUUCGCCACCUUGAACUCGCAGCCAUUCUAGUGCAGAAAGAUCCGGUGCGAGCAGCAGCUUGGAACCCGACAUGCACCCGACUCGUCCUGUGCACAGGAAGCUCCCACCUCUACAUGUGGACUCCGUCAGGGGCGUAUUGCGUGAGCAUCCCACUGUCCCAGUUCUCUGUCACGGAUCUGAAGUGGAAUUCUGAUGGGAGCUGUCUCCUGCUCAAGGACAAGGAGUCGUUUUGCUGUGCAGCCGUACCUCUGUUGCCUGACGAAUCUAGUGAGUAUAGCAGCUGCUCAGAUGAUUGAUUCGAGUGCAAAGUGGUGUCUUAUAGAGAAUUGUCUAGCUUGAUCAUUGAGGACACUCCGCUGCUAGUUUACUAUCACCUCUUGUUGUAGAAUGUCAUUGCACCCUGUGUUCACUGAAAGUGGAAAGUAAUGAGUGGCCUUUCUCUCUCAGUCAGUGUGGCGGUAGAAAUCUACUGGUAUAUUCAUAUUGCAUGAGCUUUUAGUAUGUUGUUUAUAUUGGACCUUUGGAAGAUCUCAAUGCUGCAUUUUGUUCAAAGCAAAUGAGAAAAGAAUGGAGUAGAGACAUAAUGCCGA